CCCACCAAAAAAAAAAAAAACCAAUGUUUAUAAAAAAAGCAAACAAAAAGUAAAAGAAGAAAGCAAAGCAUUGGUUCCUGUUAUUUGCUGUUUGGAUCUUUUCUCUUGGAUUUUACUCUCCUCAUUUUGAUACCCCAACCCAACAACAAAAAUAACUUUCUUUCUCAACCUCUUUUUUUAUAAUCAAAAAUUUUCUCUCUUACCAAACAAAAAAACAAAAUAACAAAAUUAUAUAUAUUCAUUUAGUCAAAUUCUCUAAAACCCCACUUCACCAUUUCCUACAUAAACCCUGAAACGUAUAACUCUCACCCAUAUAUACCCAAUAGCCCUCUCUCUCUCUCUCUCUCUCUCUCUCUCUCUCUCUCGCUAACUUUCUUUCUCCGCUUCUCAAAAACCAUGCCGCAGCAAAACAGAGCAGAAGAUCAAAAAGAAAAAAGGCCCAGAUUCUGCAUCAACGACCACAUUGACAUCCUCAUAGAAAUCCUUAAACGCCUCGACGGACCGUCACUCGGAGCCGCAGCGUGUGUCUGCCGGCUCUGGUGCGCCAUAACCAGAAACGACUCGCUCUGGGAGCACCUCUGCUUCCGCCACGUGUCGUCUCCACCUCCUUCGUCCGUCCGGCCGGUGGUGGUGGCGCUGGGAGGUUACAAAAGGCUCUACAUGGUCUGCGUCCGGCAGGUGCUGAGUCGACUUGGCCACUCGGACCUGGUCAGGCGGGUUUGGACUGGAGACGAGGUUCAGCUCUCGCUCUCUCUGUUCUGCGUUGAUUACUAUGAGAGGCUCGGAAGUGGAAGUGGAAGGCUUGGUGGUGGUGAUGCGUCCGCAUCGUCUCUCAUGUUCCUCUGCAAGCCCGUGAACGUCUGAUUUGUUUACUUGUUUUUAAUUUUGACUUUGACUGAAACAAAACGAAGAAGGAUUUGAUAGCGGUUUGUAGCAAUGGUUGCUGUGGGUACUAGUUUAGUCUAUUAUAUUUAUACAUCAAAUAUUCUAAAAAAAAAGUAAAAAUAAAUCAAAAAAUUAUUUUUUUAAUUUUUUUAUUUGAUUUUUUUGAGGGAAAAAAAAAAAAAAAAAAGGUAAGCAUGCAUGGGUUUCGUUUGUAAUAUUUUAUUGAGAAAUUGUACUAUUACUUUAUUUA